AUGUCGCGUGUGGACCCUACUAUUGUAUCGAUUUUUGGAGCUAAAUCUGAUGUCUUUGCCAGAGCGAUGGUACGCCGUGCUCUCGACGAGUGGUGUUCAAACACAGAGCAAGAAGAAGUCAAAGCGCAAGUCAAGAGGAGACCGUACGAAGAAAAAUACAGCGAUACUCCGUAUGAUUUCCCCAAGACUAAUUUUCGUGAUGUACCUCCAAUAAGCUUUGCGCCUGUUCUUACAGCCCAGAAUUUCUAUCUUCGUGAUGUCACCAAGCCUGAUGACCUCUCAUACGGAAAUCAAAGCUCGACCAGCACCUGUUUUACGCCUCUUGAGGAAUCAAGUAAUGUUCAGCCAACUGAGGCUCAGCACAGUCUUGCUGGCGCAAGCUCUGCUCAUGAGGCUACUCAGCGAGGUUUUUCCGGUUUUAAUUUACCUUCAAUUGCAGAGCUGCAGCUUCCAGAAAGAAACAGUAGUUGUUAA